GGGAUGCGCUGAGCGCAGACUCAGGAGAGCCUCUCUGUCAAGAUGAUCAGCUUCGCUCAGAUCCUCUCCGAGGUUGGAGAGUUUGGGACUUUUCAGAAGCGCCUGCUGGUGGCCAUAUGCAUCCCCAACUUCUUCACUGCUUUCCACAUGUUCAGCCAGGUCUUCACCGGCCUGACCUUCAGACACCACUGCAACACAGACUGGAUUCGCAAACAAGGGCCAAACCUGACCCUCCAGCAGCAGCUCAACCUGACCAUCCCCAAACAGCAGGAUGGCCAGUAUGACAGCUGCAGCAUGUUCACUCCUGUCGACCUCGGACUGGAAGACAUUGAAGCUUUUGGACUAAAUGAAACCACAAAGUGCACACAUGGCUCUGUUUAUGAAGCUCCUGAAGGCAGUAGCACUUUGAUAACAGAGUUUAACCUCAUUUGUGACAGUAAGAGUCUGAAUGAGGCCUCUCAGUCCAUCUACAUGGCUGGACUUCUCAUUGGAGCGCUGGUGUUUGGGCCAAUGGCAGACAGGUACGGCCGACGUUUUGUUACUCUACUCUCGCUGGCCCUGCAGUUCCUGUUUGGUGUGGGCACCGCCUUCUCCCCAAAUUUCUACGUCUACAUCGCCCUCCGUUUUGUGGUCGGCACAUCCAUAUCUGGCAUCGCCAUCAACACUUAUGUUUUAGGCACUGAAUGGUGUGGGACAUCCAAGCGGGCGCUCUUCACCAUCCUCUCACAUUGCUGCUACGCAAUGGGGCUGAUGGUGCUCUCUGGUGUGGCCUAUGGCAUCCGCAACUGGAGGACCCUACAGAUAGUUCUAUCUGCUCCGGUCCUGAUCAUGGCUGUGUACUUCUGGAUCCUACCAGAGUCAGCCCGAUGGCUCCUAACUCAGGGCAGACAGGAAGAGGCCAGAAGAAUUAUCCUGAAGGCAGCCCAGGUCAACGGCCGGAAAGUUCCAGACUCUUUACUGGACAAGCUGGAGGCCGAGAGCAAAGCCCGAACGGGCAGCAUGCUGGACCUGUUCAGGGUGGGAAACCUGAGGAAGAGGGCGCUCAUCAUGAGCUAUAUAUGGUUUGUGACCAGCCUGGUUUACUAUGGAGUCAGUCUGAAUGUGGGGAACUUUGGCCUGGAUAUCUACCUCACUCAGCUCAUCUUUGGCAUUGCAGAGCUCCCUGCCCGCCUCGGCUGCUAUCCGCUAAUUGAGCGCUUUGGCAGGAAGAAAAGUCAGAGCGCAGCACUGCUCCUCGGGGGAACGGCCUGCCUUGUGAUUCUCGCCGUCCCAUCAGAAUACCCUGUGGUGGUGACUGUAAUAGCGGUGAUAGGAAAGUUCUCACUUGCUGCUUCAUUUUCCAUAGCAUAUGUGUACACCGCUGAACUUUAUCCCACUGUUGUGAGACAGAAUGGGGUUGGGCUGAACUCCAUGUGUGCACGUGUGGCUGGUAUUCUGGCUCCUCUUAUCGGUCUGCUGGACGUCUAUCACUACGCCAUUCCCAUGAUCAUCUACGGCUCUCUGCCAUUUUUGGGCGGGGGGCUUUGUUUCAUGCUGCCAGAGACUCUGAACACCGAGCUUCUGGAUCAUACUGACGCUCUGAUGGAUCACAACAAGACAUCAAAGAAAGGAAGUGUUGAAAAUGGACUCCAUCAGCAAACAUCAACUGAAGAAACAGCGAAGAGCACAAAAUUAUGAGACACUGCGACGUUUCCAUGAUGCAUUUAUUUCUUAAAGCUGUAGACGCUGUGCCUUAUUGUGUAUUAUAUUACUGAACAGUAGAAAAGGACCAAAUGUACUAAGACAUCCAAAGUGGUGUGGAGGAUGAGGAUGAUGAAUUCAUUGUUGGGGUAACAGUUAAUAUAUUUAAAGUAAUAGUUUUAAUAAUAGUUCAUAUUUUUAAAAUACUUGUUUAUAGCUUUUAUGGAACACAGUCAGUUUCAGCAGAGCUGAGCAGGCUGCAGACACAGUGGUCACAGUAGCUUUAAUUCAUACUGUUAAUUCGUUUUCUUUAAAUGCAGGUUUUGUAAGUUUGAUGUUAGCGUAAUGAUGUCUGCUUGACUACAAUAGAUUUGUAUCUAAAGCAAAAAAACAACAUCCUGGAAGUUCUGACUGGAGAGGAAAUGAAUAUAUUUUGUACGUCUUUAUGGAAUAAACUCUAAAAGCAAA